AAUACCUUUUUGUGGUAUAUCUUAAAUUAGAAGCAUACCAAAAAUAGUUGUAAACCAUGAAAUCACAUUUGUUGUCAUGAUAAGUCUUUUAUUUUGAAAUUUGACAGCACACACAAACCGGACGUAGUUCUCAUACAAACAGCAGCAUGUGUGUCGAGUCUCAAUAGCCGGUUGAAUUCUGCAAAUUUCGUUUUGUAAAAGAGGAUUAGAGUAUCUAUAAAUAUUUCUACCUAAAAAGAUUUGGGGAUGUUACGGCGUCCCAAGCCCACAGACUCCGAGUCGGACCUGCUCCGAGAGCAGGAGAGGUUUUUAGCCUCGGGGAGUCAGUCGGCGGUGAAUGUAGUGAGGAGACCCGAUAAGCGGAGAGGAGAGAAAACGGGCGAUGACAGCGAGGAGACGCAGGAGACCCAGAGAGACGUGGUGACCAUAGCAGAUCUACCUGAUGAGCUCCCCAGUCUGACCCCUGCACCCCCCAAGAAGUCCCGUUUCAAAAAGGGGCGAGUGCGUUUUGAGAAUGAAGAUCCAGAGGAGCUGCUGGACAGACACGACACUCACAUUAGUGCCGUCCUCUCCAGGAUUGUUGAGAGAGACACAAGUGCAAUACCAGUGUCGUUCCCAGCUUUCACAAGCACAGCUUUCCCCAAAGUCCUGCACCGGUCCACAGCAGAGAAGCAGGCAGCAGUACCUGGAGGCAGAAAAAGUAUUUUUGCACGUCAGAUAGCAGCACAGAAUGCUAAAUUGGGACGUGGAGAUUCAAAGAAUGAUCCAAAAAUCAGUUCUCCUCAGGCCUUUGGAUCCAGUCACGUGGUCCCAGGCUCUGUACUGGUGUCAGGUCAGGGUCUGGGUCCAGACAGUGCUGUGGAAACUCUUAGGAUCCACCAGGAGAACCAGGCUAGGCUGCAGGGCAUGUCACAGAGUGAAAUUCUGGAGGAACGGCAGAAGUUGUUGGCCCAGUUAGAUCCGAGACUGGUGGACUUUGUGAGGUCGCGGAAGGAUCAGAAGACCUCAUCAGUGCCCUCUACUCUCCAGGGAGAGGUGUGCACUGACCAGCCUGUCACUGAAAGUAAAGCUCCAGAGCCUCACAGCACAGACCCAAAGCUGGACUCUCAGGAGGUCACAAUGGAUGCGGAUGAAGAGGAUGAGGCUGAACCUGUAAUUCAGCCGCCAAUCACAGAGAAGGAGCUACCAGUCAAGCCACAGAAAGAGUGGCUUCAUAUGGACAAGCUGGAGCCAGAGAAACUGGAAUGGACGAGGGAUUUGCCUGCUCCGAGGAGGCAAAGCACUAAAAAGUCUAUGCAGGCUCGUUUUGACUUUUCUGGUACUGUUAUCCCUCCCACGGAAGAUUUGCCCACUCAUCUUGGCCUGCACCACCAUGGGGAGGAGCCAGAGUUGGCAGGCUACUCGUUGCAGGAGCUUUUCCUUCUCUCUCGCAGUCAGCUGACCCAGCAGCGGAGCCUGGCCCUUAACACCUUGGCUCACAUCCUGUCAAAGGCCCGUGCUGGUGAAUACUCCUCUUCUCUUAAAGGCAAUGUGCAGAUCUCUCUGCUAGAUGCUGGCCUUCUUUUUCUCUUGCGCUUCGCUCUGGACGACAGUGUGGAAGGCGUGAUGUCAGCGGGUGUGCAUGCUCUCCGAGCGCUACUGGUGUCCCCCGACGAUGAGGAGUGCCUCGACAACACGUUCCCUUGGCUACUAGGGAUGGCAGCCUUUCCCCUACUGCCCUCCACUCAGGAUGAGGCAGAUGAGGAUGAUGAAGGCCUGGAUGAGUCCAUGAAAGAAACAGCUAAAGAGAAAGAGGACAGAAAACCAGAUCAUGAUGUUGCUCGACUGGAUGUUGUCAAGGGAUUGUUGAAGAUGCAGCUUCUGCAAAGGUUGCGGUACAUUCUGGAGGUUGUACGGCCCGCGCCUCACGUUGUUCUCGAUGUUCUAGAGAUUUUGAUUAGAAUAGCUCGUCACUCAACCUCAGCAGCCACACAGAUCCUUGAUUGCCCCCGGCUGAUGGAGAUUGUGAUGUCAGAGUUCCUACCUUGCUCUUGGACUCCACCCACGUCUCCAUCCCCACUUUCUUUAUAUGGCUUGCCUAUUUCCAUGGCUGUGAAGCUCCUCCGAGUUUUGGGAGGUGCUGGGAGGCAUGCCUGUGCCAGAAUACUGAACUCUCUAGGUGGGAGGGAGCGUCUGUCUCGGCUCUUGGCAGCAGAACCUUCGGAGCUGCUGCUGGAGCCAGGGGAAGCUAUUCGCUGCAGCACAGAAGCACUGAGGCUCUGGGCAGUGGCUGCUAGCUACGGCCAGGCCUGUGACCUCUACACAGACCUUUACUCAGUUCUGGUGAAGGCAUUGCAGGCUGCACACAAACCCAAUGCUCCAUCUGAGCCUCUCCUGGUGUUGGAACUCCACCGAGUGAAAGCACUGCUGGUCCUGCUCACUCAGGUCACACACACUGCUGGCUGCCACCAAGAGUUACAGAGUAGCUUGCUCAAUUCCCAGGGUACAGAGAGUCUUCCCCCUCCUCCAGUGACAUGGAGUCAUGUGACUGGUUUGCAGGCCACCUUGACUGGAUUGCUGAAAGGCUGUGUGAGAGCGCUGGAUGACCCAGGUCAAAGGGCAAGCACCCUGACCCUACUCCCAUCCUAUCUGAUCUACAUGGGGGUGUUUUACUCACAGCUCAGUAUGCAAAACUCCUUCCAACCAGUGCAGUGUCUACUGGAACUAGAGUCUUUGACCUCAGAGGUGCUCCUUCCACUCAUUUCCCAUCAGGCCAUACGCAGCACGGUAGAAAGCCUCAGGUCCUAUUCGGUAAUCUGUAACCCUGUGUUGAGUGCUCCUGGCCUGGAGGUCGUCCCGAGUCUGCCAAGCUUAGGCUGCUUUAGGCUUAAGACUAACCCCAACCUUGUUGGACCCAGCUCUCCUCUCCCUCUCUGUACUGCUCUCUUCUACCUGCUGGACAUUCUCACCACCAACCACCGAAGCCUAACCAAGAAAUUCAGCUCCAUCGUUCUUUCUGACUCUGUACUGGCGUACCUGCGGUCCUGCGUCGGAGCGAUGCCCUCUGUAUCCCACGCAAGUGCCUGGCUUUUACGCCAUGAACACCUCCUGCUGUAUCUGCUCCUGAGACUAGCUCUCAGACUGGUUCCUGUUGACCCGGAGGUGGCCAAACAUGCAUCCCUGUUUCAUCAAGUUGCCUUGGCUCUGCUGUCCUGGCUGCUGCCUGGAAGUGAAUAUCUGGCACAUGAGCUUUUGUCCACCAUCAUCUUCAAUCAUGAACUGCUUCCGGAGGGUGGUAGCGGUGGUCCCGAAGCAGCUACACUGGCAGAACUGAAGCUUCAGGAGAAGUCCACCCCUCUGUCUGGCCUGGGUCCUCUCCUUCGUGACUCUCUUGCUCACCUGCCUUCUAUCCGGGGCUGCUACCUUACUCACCUUGCCCACCUAGAGCCCGCUGUGCUGUCCUCUCGCAACCGGCACCUCGGCCGCAACCCAUGGCUUUCUUCUCAGCUCCUCCCUGAACUCUCUGGCCCCUCGCUGCCCUCCGACUGGCCAUUCCUGCCCCUGAUCAUCCUGUAUGAGCGCACAGGAGUGUCUGAAGGUGGUGGGCUACAGAUGAACUCCCUCCCAUCUGGCUCUCUGCAAUCGGUCACUCACUGCCUACAGUGGCUGCUACUUCUGGAGAGCUGGAGAGAGCAGGUGCUAAAGCCAGUGCCUCCUGUGGCAAAGCUAGCCCGCCUUGCGUGUGUCUUCCUCUGCUCCAGUGACCUCUUCCUGGAGAGGCCUGUGCAGGAGCUGACCUGGGCGCUGUUCCGCGGGCUUACACGGCCCCCCAGUCUGCAGGCCCUGAACCUGGGCACACCACCACCUGGCCUGGCCUCCUUCCACGACUUAUACUCGGCCCUGCUGGCCCAGUACGAGGCAGUGUCAUUCGGAGACACGCUGUUCGGCUGCUUCGUGCUGCUGCCCUUGCAGCGACGCUACAGCGCCACCAUGAGGCUGGCCGUGUUUGGUGAGCAUGUGGGAAUUCUGCGUUCACUUGGUGUCUCACUAGAACAGCUACCCAUUCCUUUGGAGAAUUUCACCUCGCCACCAGAGGAUUCACUGCCUUUGCUGCGUCUCUAUUUUCGUGCCUUGGUCACUGGAGCACUGAGGAGGAGCUGGUGUCCUGUGCUCUACGUGGUGGCUGUCGCCCACCUCAACGCCUUUAUGUUCUCCCAAGAUGAAGCACCACAGGAGGUGGAGGCUACACGCCGGAGCCUGCUGAGAAAGACAUACUACCUGACAGAUGAGGUGUUAAGGAGCCACCUGCUGCUCUACUUCCUGCCUGAGCAGCACAGUCAGCUUGGCUUCAGCACUUAUGAACAGCUGCCGCCCAUCCGCGCCCGCAGGCUCCACAGCGUAGUAGGAACCGAGGAAGGCAGCGAUGGAGACAGGUGAACCAGGACAAUCUCAGACAUGCCGGAAGCUCCUAAUAGUUCUGUAACUGGAGCAGAUUCACAGGCUUCAGGAAGCUGCAAGAAGCAAGGACUAGCACAGACUAAAUAAAUUUUUGUAAGACUACUUGGUGAGAAUUUUAUUGUCAUUUUUACAUUGCAUAUCUUCAAUAAUAAGAGUUUUUACUGAUACAUUUUUGAUGGAUCUCAAGCAAAUAGGAGGACAGAUCAGGUAGUCCCUUUUGAACAUUUCGUGCAUAAAGAGAUGGUCCGAAACAAAAUUCAGGGUGGCACACUAUCAAAUAUUUCACAAUUCACUGACAGUGUUGGAUUGGAGAAGAUCUCUGGAAAAAGACAGCGAUUCAGUGGUGAGGCAGCUUUCCCAAAUAGGAGCCAAGAGUUGACACAGGACCGACAGAUGGUGUUGAUAAAGCUUGGAAUAGAAAAUUUGCUAUUUUUUAUUCUGCUAAUACCGAAAUUAGUUGGAGAGGCACUGCCAGCGUGCCUUCCCCUUUCCAUUACUAUUCAAAACAUGGCCCAUUUACAAAUAAACACUGCAGACGCUUCACUCAAAUUGCUACCCAGAGCAAAAAGGAAUUUGAAAAAAAUACCAACAGACCCACAAAAAGGCAACUCACUUGAAACUCAGCUGCAACAGUUGCAAGUGUCUCAACUUGGAACAAGUUUUAUGAAACAGCCAAUCAAAACGCCAAAACGCGUUACAUGAUCUUGUUGAAAGACAUACUUUCAGACCAUUGAUUUCAGUGGAUCAGUGGACAAGAAAAUAAUCCCUCUCUCAUCCCCCUGCUGAUUUGGCUUAUAAAUAGUGGAGUAGCUGUAUGUGUUAUGUGCAGAUUUGAUUGAUUGUUUUUGAAUUGCUUCAUGUGUCUGUCAAGUUGCACAGAAAUAAUAUCGCAAGCAACUUGCAACAUGCAACUAGUUGCAUUAAUGUUUCGCAGUCCAAUGUAGAACCUUUAACUGUGGUUAUUUACAAAACUGUUAGAUCUUGAAUUCAAAGCUCUGAGACUUGGAAGAGGUAAACAUGCUCUGUAGCUGAUCUUCAGAGGUUUUGAAGAUUACGUGCUUGGGCAGCUUCUUUGUUGAUUCUGAAACUCCUCACUGAGGUUUCAACAGUAGAUCUGUCUUCUCUGAUUUCUUUUCCUCAUUUUAUCAUCAUGUAUUGGCUAGGGCAUGCCUACCCCUAAACCAUCAUUCCAUGUGUUCCUGUUUAUCAGCGGCUGAGGAUGAGCAAGCUGUGUGAAUGAUGGCACAGUUUCCAGCUCUUUUUUACCCUCAGUUGCCCAUACAUUUGCAUUUGGACAGUGCUGUGGUUCCUACACAUAAUUCGUUCUUUGGCUUGGUGCCCCAGUAAAUGGGCUGCUUCCCUCCUGCGUUGGCCUGUUUGCAAGAGUUUUUUCUAUUCAGGGUGAAAAAAAUAAAAGUGGUGGUCUUGUUUUGCCCCCACAAGAAUGUUGAUGGUACGCUAGCCAGUAAGAGAAGACAAUAAGCCCUCCUGUGAGCAACGCUAAUGCUAGUCACACUGCUCAGCUGACAUCUGUUCUACAUUGUCUUGCAGGUAGGGGGCACCGAGUUUCUUCUCUAGCGUCUGUGGACCACCAGCCUCAUUUAUCAGAUGAUAAAUGAAAUCGGAAGAGGCCGUUUGUGACUUGAUCGUUAAGGGUUUAACGGGCCACCAAAUUAUUGAUUCAGUUUGUAAAUCAGUUUUUGGAGCAAAACCAUGACAAGCCUAAUUGAAGUCAAAUGCUGCAUGCUGCAAACUGGUGUGAAAUUGAUUUUCCAGACUUGUCUCAAGUAUUUUGGCUUUUGGAGUCAACAUUAACUAUUGUGCGUGAUAAGACGGGGUGAAAGCCCUUGGAAUUGAUCGAGCCUUUGAUUUCGCCGAAAUUGACAAUUUUCUGGUCAACAGCAACACAGGCUGCACUGAAGUGCUCCCAUCUGCUUCUGAUUCCACCUUAAAGCAAUGAGCCACUGAUUGUGCAGUGAAGUGCCCCAGGCUGUUCGACACUCUGACUUCAAGUGGCCCAUCAUCUCCACAGUUUUACACAUCAUAUAGCGCAACUGCAUAUAUUGUAUAUUGCUUAAUGUCAUCUAACUCUAAAUUUAGUUUCUGAAAGAAACUGGUGAUGAGAGCUUGUAGGUUGUCCACCUUUUGUCAUUUUCUGCCAAACUAGAUGUGCAGCCCCAAGUUAUUAUUUGGCAGAAUGAUUCCCUGAGAGUUUCCACCAAAAAAUAAAUAUCAUUGACCAGAGAAGCACCACCACGUUAUUAUUAUUAUUUGCUUUCUGCUGGAAACUCUCAGGUCAUCUGGUCAUCCAGAGUUCUUCUGCAUUUGCUCAAAACGUUUUUUUUCAUACAAGAGGUUGACGAGGCGCAAAAGCCCUUUUUGUGAUGUCUGGGUGACCUGCAAAUGGCUACAAAUUGCACAACAAUUGUUGCUCAUUUCCUUUUACCUCACCAUCCAUCUGUUUAAGAGAAACACCAAAGUCCUACAAUUCACGCGGACACUUUCUGACGCAGGACAGACGCUCUGGUUCCCCAGCAGAGCUUAACUUCAUCAGAUUAAUUCACUCAGCUUUGCGCACAUCUUGGAUCCAGACCAUUAAACUCACAGCUUCAACUAGAUGCACAUCCCACCGGGCCACUUCUCACUCUAUGCAAACAAUUUAAGCGGAAGCGCUGUCAAGUGCUAGGAUAAUCAGCAUAUGAUGAAUUCAGGAAACUGAAGGAGGAUAUUUCUACCUUGUACAAGUGCGCAGUACUUCCAUGAAGAGUGAAACUUUCAUCUCAGGCAAGCAGACAACUUGCUGAGCUCUCAAGAUCAUUUAAAGUUGUUAUGGCCCAAGAUGGCCGGAAGCCGUGUUGUCAGUGUGGUACCUCAUACCUGUUAUCAAUUGAUCAUGCGAGCCCUGGUUGAAGUAAAUGUGGCCAGUCACCACAUUAAAGUUAUGUAAGAAAGACUGUGUCCAACUUUCUCUCUUAUUUUUCUUUCUGUCCUUUUGUUUUUCCAAGUACACUCUGAGUGAGCCUUUCUCUGGCAAAUUAAAAACAUGAAUUCCAACUGUAGUGCCAGGAACCUUGGUAAUGUAUUAAUAAUAAACACGAUGAAGAUGAAAACCAGUGGGUUAGGCUGCUUGUUAUUUAUGAAAAGCUGUGAAUGCUCAAGUUUCAUUUAGGAAGAGAAAAAAAAAACACAUGCAAGCCUGCUGCAAUAUUGCACUGCUGCAA